AUGGCCAGAGCAUCGUCACGACCCGGCCUGCGGGACCCGGCGGAAUUCACCUGUGCCCCCGGCUCCUCCGCAGGCACUGUGGGCACCGGGGCUGGGCGCUCUUGGGGGCGUCCCGGGCACUGCAAGGUGCUGAGCUUAUGCACUCUGGGCCAGGAGCCCCUCAGCCAAGAAUCCCAGCCUCGCCUGGCCCUCAGCCAGAGUCCUAGUCCGGGAGAAGUCAGGAAAUGGCCAGGAGGCGGAGCGAGGGUUCAACGGAAAAACAUCCCAGGAAUGCAAAUCACUUCCCGCAGCCCGGCACCGAGGGUCCCCGCGUCCCCGCUCCGCUCCUGCUCCGGCCCACACAGGGCCAGGCCUGGGGCACCUCCUGCAGCCCGCGUGGCUCAGCUGCUCAGAAAUGUCACAGCCACGCCCAGCGGGGGCCACGCCCAGCCAGGCCGGCCCUGCCGGGGUCCCUGCGUCCCCAGCUCAGAGGCACCGCGGCGGGCAGGAGCCCGGAAGUCUGGGGUCAGGAUCUACGCAGGGCCCUGCGCCCUCCGGAGGCUGGAGGCUGGGUCCUUCCUGCCUCUCCCGGCCCCCUCAGCCCCAGCGCCCUUGUCCUGUCCCCCUCAGCCCCGCCAGACUCCCCCGCACCCAGGGCCCACGGAGUGGAGCGGAUGCAGGGACCCACGGGCGGCUGAGGGGGCCGAUCCCAGCCCCAGGCACCGGCGACCGCCUCUUCCUUUCUGCCCCUCCUGGGAGGGAGGAAGGGACACAUGCGGGGCGGCCCUGAAGCUCAGCCUCUGUCCCUCAUCCUUUGCUCGGGUCCCGUCAGGCCAGGGGGACGAUGCGGCCCCAGCAGUGCAGAAAAGCCCACGUCCCCCUGUCCUAACAGCGCCUGCCCCGCCCCACAGUUCCUUCAGGACAGAAAAUGGUCUGGCCCAGGUGAGAGUGAGGUGACAGCCGGUUCUCUCCUGUGAAACAGCCCAGGAGGACUGGGUGGGGGGCAGUGGCUGAGCCUGUGAUUCUCAAGCUGCAGGGCGCGAGGCCCCGCCUGAGCCACAGAGCGGGAUGUGGGGGGAUGUGGGGGCCGCUGGGGAUGCCCAGUGCUCACCGAAGAUGGCAGCAGAGUUGCACCCCAAGUGCUGGCCACCGUGCGGCUCUGCACACCGUUCCAUGGGGACCAGUUCUCCUGCACCCUACUUAUGUGAUGGCGCCGAGGGCGGGGACCGCGUGACACGCCUUCCCCACCUCACACGGCCGCCCCCGGACCCCGGGCCAGUCACUCAGAGCCUCAGGGUCAGGGCUGCACCGACGGGAUGAGGCACGGGCUCCGCCGAGGUUGGCCUGGCUUCACGGACCGACGGCGAGACGGUCACCGGGUGACAUGCGGCUGCUCCCCAGCAGCUGAGGAAGAGGGGAGGUCGGGAGGCGGUGGGAAGGGGCAGCGUGGGGAGCACUUGUGGGGGCUGGGAUGCGUCCUGGGUGGCGGCACUGCGCACCUGGUGUUCAUCCCGUAAUCCAGGACUCCCGCCUCGUCCUGGGCAUCCUUCCCACCAUCUUAUGCCAGGAUAAGAGCUUGAGUUUAGGAGACCCAAGUCACCACCCAAGUGAAAAAAGCAUACCAGGAAAUACUAUGCCAUCCAUGGGUAUGAAGGAUAAAAUGUUGACAUCCUUAAUAUAUAAAGAUCUCCAUCAAACCAAUAAAAGGUGAGAAAUCAGCUUAGUAAGUGUGGGAUCCUGGGUAAGAUUACGGACUAGCAAAAGCACAUUAAUGGUUAAAAAUAAAUGGAUGUGAGCGAGCCCUACACUUAGUCAAUACGAUGGCAGCAAAUUGAGCUUCUAAGGCAUUUGUUUUGCUUUUGUUUUUGUGAAACGGUCUGCUCUUGAACUCACUGUGUGGCCCAGAACUUGCAGAGAUUCUCCCGCCUCAGUCUCCUGAGUGCUAGGAUUACAGGAAUGCGCUGCCACACUUGGCUUCAAAAUACAUUUCCAAGGC